AUGGGCUCCGACAUCGAGGCACAGCAUGAACUCCAUGGCGAUGAUAAUGAGCGUCCUCAUGAGGAGCAUGGAGAAGAGGAGGAAUCGGAGUCUGAGAGGGCGGAACAUGAAGAUCAGGUUGGUCUGCUCAGCGUCCCACACAGCCCACGCACCUCGCUUGUCGGUGGUAGUCGUGUCUCGCUCGCCAAUUCUUCAUCGUCUGGACACGGUUCCGGCGAGGCGCGCUCGCGGACGCAUUCGUCGUUCUCCGCGCACUCCUCACGCUCGAGGCAUUCGUCGACACGUGCCCAUUCAAGACCACGGACACUCUCCUCCCAAGCCCCUUCCGUGCGCGAGCGCGCAGAAUCGCUCGGCACAUCGAUGCGCUCCUUCAUCCAGGGUGCCGCCGCCCAGCUCGACGCCGUCAUGCGUGGUGCGACCGGCCCUGCUGCUGGUCUCGGUGUUGGUAUCGGCGGUCUCUCGAGCAGCCGCCCGCGUAGCCGUGUCAAUUCCUCGAUGGCGCGCCUCGAAGAAGAUGUGGUUUACUCUCCGAGGGUGACGGAGAUGGGCGAAAGGAUGCGUGAUGCGAGUGGCAGUAGUGCGAGCAGCGGCGAACAUGCCGGAGCCGUACCCAUGAACCAUCUCGUCGGACGCGCACGCCGCGAGGUCGAGGGCGAGGGUUACUCUUCGUCUGGCGGUACGCAUUCGCGGAGUGGCAGCGAGAGCAUCAACGGGGAGAAUUAUACGUUCGGCCGCCCCGUAGCGUUCAUGCGGCCCUCGGAGCAGCACCCGCCGCCGAUGGUGGAGGUCGAGGAGGAGCGCGACGACGAUGAGAUCGUUCUUGUACAACGAUCGACUGGUAGUGCAGGUAGAGGAACGCCUGCAGCGCGCAGCGUGCCCAUCGCUAGCCGGAUGGACGAUCAGGCUCAAGCUCAGGCCCAUGCUUCAGGCGAGCCGCAGUCGCUCUCGACAUCGAUAUCGGGGUCGUACUACUCGCAGCAGCCUACAGAGCGUACUGUCAGCCCAACGACGCACGAUGCCGGUCAACAACCCUCAAACUCACCUUCGCCGCCGCAUUCUGCAGACCACUCUCCCGAACGCCAGGGUGUGAAUAUUCCUUGGAGUCCACAGCGCUUCCUCGCACCUCCAAAUCAACGAUCCUUGCACCAUCAUGCCCACGACGAAGGAACGGCGAGUAGUGGCAGCCCGCCAGAUAUCAGCACCGCCGCAGGUAGCUUCGUCACUGCGCCUGCGACGAUUGAGGGCGCGACGACCACGACUGAGAGCAGCGGUCAGCGCACGGUGUCGAGCAGCUGGGACACGAACGUUCCGGGUGUGGGUAUGGCUCUGCGCCGCGGCGACGUGGGUGGGAUGGUGGAGAGGCCUGGAGAAGACAUGGGUGCUGCGGCUGGGGGGUGGAGGGUGGUGUGA